AUUUUUUUUUUUUAUCAUCAGGGGGAGGAAUGUGUCAUAACUAGUUCGCGUUUAUAGAGGGUAGUGGAUGCAUGUUUAGCAAUGCGAUGAGGCCAGUGCACUUUGCAAGACUUGCGCUGCAGAGAGCCUCCGCGGAUCCCACGACCUGUUGCUGACAAGCCGGGGUAAAGCAGAGGGAGAGGGGGAGCCGCUCGGGAGAGACAGAGGUUAUUGCCUUGGAGACGAUCAGCCUGGGUUUCUUCGCGGAGGAAAUCAUGCAGUUUGCAAUCUGGCUGGUUGGACUUAUGUGUCAUCUGUCAGCGCUUGUCCGAGAAACUUUGCAACACCGCUUGCACCCGAAACAAGAAAGCUUCAUCAAACAGCUGUCAUCGUAUGAAAUCAUCACCCCUCUCCGCGUCAAUGACUUUGGAGAAUCAUUCCCCCAUAAAUUGCACUACAGAAGGAGACGGAGAAGUUUAAAUGAUAACCUGUCGGGUUUACGGGUUCACUAUAGGAUUGAUGCAUUCGGGGAACGCUUUCAUCUCAAUCUGACCGCCGACUCCGGCUUCAUUGCCCCUUCGUACACAGUGACACACUUGGGAGUGGAACAGAGCAACGCCACGGACAUCCCCUUCCAUGACCCGAGCGAUAUGCGCCACUGCUUUUUCCGCGGACAAGUCAACGCCAAGAACGAGUUUCCUGCAGUCUUCAGCCUGUGCACUGGCCUUGUUGGAACAUUUACAACAAAAUAUGGUGAAUACUUCAUGGAGCCUCUUUUAAGCGCUGAGGGGGAGGAAUAUGAUGAAGAGCACAACAAACCUCAUCUUGUUUAUCGACAGGAGAGGAAGAACAUCUCGCAUACGCACAACAACACGGAGCCCUGUGCUGCCUCAGAGAAAUCCAAGAGGCCGGUUGCGUUUGAAAGCGAUGGGAGUAUGGUAGAGGAGCUGGAUUCUGUCAAAGCCACCAUAGAUGAUCAACACAUUUAUGACAGCAACUCCACCAACACACACCCCAAUUCCCAUCGCAGACGCAAGCGCUUUCUCUCCUACCCUCGAUACGUUGAGUUGAUGGUGACAGCUGAUGCCAAAAUGGUGCGUCAUCAUGGACACAACCUUGAGCACUACAUCCUAACAAUCAUGUCAGUAGUAGCAGCAGUGUACAGGGACCCCAGCGUAGGAAACCUCAUCAACAUCAUGAUUGUCAAGCUAGUCGUCGUCCACAAUGAACAGGAAGGGCCUACAGUUAGCUUUAAUGCUGCGACGACUCUCCACAACUUCUGCGUCUGGCAGCAGGUCCAAAACGUCCAGGAUGACAGCCAUCCGUCUCACCAUGACACAGCACUCCUCAUCACCAGGGAAGACAUCUGCAGAGCGAAAGAUAAAUGCGACACAUUAGGGCUUGCGGAGCUGGGGACCAUGUGUGACCAAUACCGGAGCUGCUCCAUCAGUGAGGAAAAUGGAAUCAGUGCCUCCUUCACCAUUGCUCAUGAGCUGGGCCAUGUGUUCAACAUGCCUCACGAUGACAACCCCAAGUGUCGGGAAGCAGGCAUGAAGCACCAGUAUCAUGUAAUGGCUCCCACCCUCAACUAUGACACAAAUCCCUGGUCGUGGUCCAAGUGCAGCCGGAAGUACAUCACAGAGUUUCUAGACACCGGGUAUGGAGAGUGCCUUCUCGAUGAGCCGGUGAGCAGGACGUACGAGCUGCCCACCCUGCUCCCAGGUCAAAUCUACAACGCCAACAGGCAAUGUGAAUUGAUGUUCGGACCCGGCUCCCAAAUUUGCCCUUACAUGAAACAGUGCAAGAGGCUGUGGUGUACCAGUGCAGAGGGGGACCAUAAAGGGUGUCGCACACAGCACAUGCCACUGGCUGAUGGAACCGACUGUGGGCAUGGAAUGUACUGCAGACACGGGAUGUGUGUGAACAAGGAGUUGGACCUGCAUCCAGUCCAUGGGGAGUGGGGUCUUUGGGGGCCCUACAGUGUUUGCUCCAGGUCCUGUGGUGGAGGUACUCGGAGCAACACCAGAGACUGCAACAAGCCUGAGCCGAGAAAUGGCGGGAAGUUCUGUGUGGGUCGCAGGAUGAAGUUCCGCUCUUGCAACACUGAGCCAUGUCCGAGAGGAAGGAAAGAUUUCCGCGAAGAGCAGUGCUCUCAGUUUGACGGCAAGCACUUCAACAUCAACGGUCUACCUCCCGCCGUCCGUUGGGUCCCCAAGUACAGUGGCAUACUAAUGAAGGAUCGCUGUAAGCUCUUCUGCCGGGUUGCUGGGACUACAGCCUACUAUCAGCUGAAGGACCGCGUCAUCGACGGCACGCCGUGUGGGCCAGACACUUACGACAUCUGUGUUCAAGGCCUCUGCAGGCAAGCCGGCUGCGACCACGUUCUCAACUCGAAGGCCAGGAAUGACAAGUGCGGAGUAUGUGGCGGGGACAACUCCUCGUGUAAAACUUUGGCAGGGACCUUCAACGAUGCUCAGUAUGGUUACAACACCGUGGUGCGGAUCCCAGCCGGAGCCACCAACAUUGAUAUCAAACAGGUCAGCUACUCUGGAAAGCCAGAGGACGACAACUACCUCGCAUUAUCUGACGGCCAGUCCAACUCACUCCUGAAUGGGAACUUUGUGGUGGCCAUGUUCAAAAGGGAAAUCAACUUUAAGGGAAUCGUCAUCGACUACAGCGGCUCAGACACAAAAGUGGAGCGCAUCAACUGCACCGACCGCAUCGAGGAGGAGCUCGUUCUGCAGGUCUUGUGUGUGGGAAACCUCUACAACCCAGAUGUCCGUUACUCCUUCAACAUACCCAUCGAGGAACACAGGGAGCAGUUUGUGUGGGACCCCUCGGGCUCCUGGCUCGAGUGCAACCGCAUCUGUCAGGGCCAGCGAAGACGUAAAGCGGUGUGUGUGCGUAAGAGUGAUCACCUCGAGGUUUCGGACCAACGCUGUGAACAUUUACCUCGACCUGUUGCUGUUGCUGAGCCCUGCAACACUGACUGUGAAGUCAGAUGGCAUGUCGCUGGAAAGAGCGAAUGUUCUGCUAAAUGUGGCCCAGGUUACCGCAGCCUGGAUGUUCAGUGUAUGAAAUACGUCCUGACGAAGAGACAGAGCGACAGGAUGGAGGCCAACGCCUGUGGAGACGCCGCCAAACCUCAGACCAGAGAGCCCUGCCACGGGGACUGUCUGCUCAAGAGCUGGCAGUACAGCGCCUGGUCUCAGUGCACUAAGACAUGUGGCCGUGGAAGCCGCAACAGAGAGUCUUACUGCAUGAACAACCUGGGUAGGCGGCUGGCAGACCGGGAUUGUAAUGAAUACCAGAGGGUGGUCACUGAAACGUGCAGCGACCAGCCGUGUCCGAAGUGGACUCUUAGCGAGUGGAGUGAGUGCCUGGUGACUUGUGGGAAGGGGAUGAGACACAGACAAGUGUCCUGCAGCUCGGGGAGCGGGGAGGAGAAGAUGAGCGAGCACUUCUGCGACCCCUCCAGCAAACCUCCUGCUGUGGGGAGCUGCGAGCUGCCGGAGUGUGCGUCCUGGCAGGUCGGCGUAUGGGGCGUGUGUGCGGUGACCUGUGGCCAUGGCUACCAGAUGAGAGCUGUUAGGUGUGUGUCGGGGGCCUACGGUGACACAGUAGACGACAGGGAGUGCAAUGCUGCGGCAAGGCCACGAGACAGUCAGGAUUGUGAGAUGCCGGCGUGUCCGUGGGCCUCUCCGGUACAAAGCACACCUCGCCCUGACAACUCGGCUCAGCUGCUGACUCAGUGGAGAUACGGCUCCUGGACUGCGUGCUCGGUGUCCUGCGGCAAGGGGAAGCGCGCACGUUAUGUCAGCUGCAGAGACGCCCAGGGAGGAGUCGCUGACGAGUCCAACUGCGCCCACCUGCCCCGGCCCCCCGAGUCCUCCACCUGCUUCAGCCCCUGUGGCCAAUGGCGUGCCGGCGAGUGGUCUGCUUGUUCAGUGACCUGUGGCGCUGGAAGAACCACCAGGCAGGUGGUCUGCUCUAACUACCACCAGCCUGUGGACCAGUCCUUCUGUGACCCCGAUGAGAAGCCUGCGACAGAACAAGAGUGUACCGGUGCACCCUGCCCCUCCCUUUACAACCGCCAGCGCAUCAAUGACCAGCCCUACGGAUAUCCCCACCCAGGGCGCCAUCCCGGGCACAGCAGCUGGAACGUGCCCUCAGCAGACAACCAGUGGAGGACCGGACCCUGGGGAGCAUGUUCGAGUACCUGUGCAGGGGGCUUUCAGAGGCGAGUGGUGGUCUGUCAGGACGCUGAUGGACGCAGCAACAGCUACUGCGAUGAGAGGGUCAAACCUGCCGAGUCCAAGAGCUGCGACUCUGGACCCUGUCCUCUGUGGAACUACGGAGUAUGGGGAGAGUGCACUCAGACCUGCGGUGGAGGAAGGAGGACUCGUCUGGUGGUUUGUCAAAGGCCCAACGGCCAGAGGCUCAACGACUACAACUGCGACAUCCUGGACAAGCCGCCCGACAUGGAGCAAUGCAACCUGCAGCCCUGCCCGGGCUCUGCCUCCUGGCACCGCCGACCCUGGAAGCCGUGUUCAGUGAGUUGCGGUCGGGGGACCAAGCAACGGGAGAUAGCCUGUGUUUAUCAGAACCAAACCAAAAUAGAGGAGGAACACUGCAGUCAUCUGCCUCGGCCACGGACGGAGAAGGCCUGUCGGGCGCAGGGAUGCCCCAGUUGGAAGGCCAACAGGUGGAGGGAGUGCUCGGUCACUUGUGGAGUCGGAUCUCAAAACCGAGAUGUUUACUGCAGACUGAAAGGCACUGGGCGAGUCAGAGAGGAUCUCUGUGAUGCUCAGCAGCGUCUUGCCAUUGUGCAGCCAUGCCAAUCUGCAGAAUGCACACAUUACACUUGGGUUGCUGGUGAAUGGGAAGACUGUAAUGCAACCUGUGGAGAAGGCAAGAGAAGCAGGAAGGUGGGGUGCAUGGGCGCAGGGAUGACACCCGUCCAGGAUAACUACUGUGAGCCAUCAUCCCAGCCAGCACCACACCAGGCCUGCAGAGAAGCUCCCUGCCACUACAUGUGGACUUCAGGGCAGUGGUCACAGUGCUCCUCCAGCUGCGGUAUGGGGUACCAGCAGCGUAUGGUCUCUUGCUCAGUCGUGCCGUCCUCUCAGGCUCUGCACUCAUAUGCUGCUGCCCAGUUGUCCUCUGCCAGCACCCACUGCCCCGAGCCCCACCCUCCUGGCUCCAGGCCUUGCCUCCUCAGGGACUGCCCUCACACAACCUACUGGAAAGCUGGCCAAUGGAGCAAGUGCUCACAGACCUGCGGGGCAGGAGUGAUGGAACGCAGAGUGGAGUGUGUGACCUCCAAAGGCCAUGCGUCCAAACACUGCCGUCCUUCAGAAAGACCCGAGUCUCAAGCUGCUUGUCGAGACAGAGAAUGCCAGUCGUUCGCCUCCUGCCGUGAGGUCCAGGUGAGACUAGGUGUGAAGAUAGAUGGAGAAUACUAUCUCAAAGUCAAGUCCCGGAUCCUACAGAUUUACUGCGCUGAGAUGCACACUGAUUUCCCCAAGGAGUUUGUGACCUUGCGCAGCGGUCAGACAGACAACUACUCCGAGGUGUACGGGCACAGGUUGCUGAACCCCUUUGAAUGUCCGUAUAACGGCAGCCGAAGACAGGACUGCGACUGCAGGAACGACUACUCAGCAGCGGGAUACACACUUUUCCACAAAGUUCGUCUGGACCUGAGCUCCCUGAGGAUAAUGAUCACAGACCUCCAGUUUUCCCAGACUCUUCUUGGUCGACCUGUGCCCUUCGCUACAGCUGGAGAUUGUUAUAGUGCAGCCAAGUGUCCACAGGGCCAGUUCAGCAUUAAUCUGAUCGGCACUGGUCUCAAAGUGUCUGAGGCCACUAAGUGGACAUCCCAGGGCAACUAUGUGUCUGUCAAAGUCCACAGAUCUGAGGACGGAACAAGAAUCUACGGCCGCUGCGGAGGCUUCUGUGGGAAGUGCAUUCCCCAGGCUCACAACGGCCUACUCCUUCAAGUCCACUGAGGGCCAUGCACAGACCAAACCCCUAAAUCUAUCCUGACGACAGGAACCCGGGAACAUUGGAUAACAGUGAUUUGUUGGACCCUGUCGUAUUCUGUCAGCGUGAUCGAGGAGCAUUUAAAAGCAUCUUAUAGUAACAGCCCCAGUUCCCAAAUGGCAGCUAAAGCAUACAAGACACUACGUACUGUGCAGUACUACAGGGCCACCAUGAGGUCCUUCAUCCAAACUGAUCACCCUGAAGAAGAGCAUGCUAACCAUAAUGCAAUGGCUAUAAAAACAUAUCUGCGCUUCGGAACCUAAGAUGCUUUUUUUCUUACACAGGUAUGCAUCGUACAAAGGGAUACAAAACUUAAAAUCACUGGGAAAACUACAGAUAAAACAAAUAACACUUCAAAGAGGAAAAUCCCAUCUUCUCUCUCUCUCAAAACUGUUUCUUGCAGUUAUUCUGUGAAGCGUGUGGUAAAAACCUUUUCGAGAAUUUCGUCAUGAAGUACCUAGAACUAAUCUUGAUGGACGUGACCUUCAACAUAACGUACACUUUUUUUUUAAAACAGCUACAGAAUUUAGUUACCAGCAAUGGUAGACCCAUUCACUUUAUGUAUGUAAGAAUCAUUGCAAAGUUUUACUGAAAUAAUAAGCGAGGGCUGAGUGUAAUAUGUUCUACAGAGUGCCAGCAUGAUCAAAAAGAAGAACACUAAUGUUUUAGACUACUGAAAGAGCUUCACUAGAGAUUAUCUUGGCCUUACAUCACAUUGAAAGGAAUAUUUUCAAAUAUAAUCUAAUUUACUUUAUGGUCGAGAGUUAGACGGAAAGAUUGAUACCACUUGCAUGUUAUUAGUAGUUACAAUCUUCUCAUUUUACUCUUGGGAAGUGUCAAACUAUUCCUUUGGUGCUGAAGACUUAACAAUUGAGUAAGCUAGCAACUAACUACUGAUGUGACCUGCCUUGUAUCAAAGGUCAAACUGAGGAGCCUUGAGAUCAACUAUAGAUCAUUUUAGGUUUUUAUUGUUGUGUAUUUCUGAAGUCUGUCUGCUGUCGUCUGUUGUCAGGUAUUUCACAAAAGUACUUUAACCUGCAAAUACAGUCCCUGACUUCGGCAUAGAGAGAGAACAAAAAGGUGUUGAAUCUAGUGUUUAAGUACAGUAUCAAUUCUUAAACCAAGGGGUUGUUUUAUUUUAAAUAUUUGUGUUUUUCUUUAACUACGCUUCACAGACAAGUUCUCAUCUGUAACACCAUUAAACAGUAUCAGGUGUGAUGUCUCACCUCACACCCUCCAUUGGGCCUACUGUAGGUACCUGCAAACCCUACCUCUCACACACAUCCAUACUCUGCUGAGAUAUGUGUUGUCAUAUAUUUAUGUUUGACCAUAUUUAUUCUGUAAUGACUGUAGAUACGUUUUAUGUUUUAAGGUACAAUGACUACUACCAACGAGAAGCCAUUGUCUGAUGUGUUUUGUCCUUUGUCUGCUUUUCUAAAAGAGGUAUUACUCUGCUACUAUUUGUAGUGUAUAACCACUAACCUUACAUGAGGAUCUUUUGAAUGGUGCUUUUGAAACUACUGGAAUUACCUCUGAUCUUGAGAAGGAAAACACUGGCUUUUGGCUGCGAAUGCGUGUAGUGGUUCUCAUUAAUGUAGCUGAAAAUCUAGCAGGAAGGUAUCCAGAUAUAUAGAAUAUAUCAGACAAACCACUGCAUGAGAAAAUCUGCCCAUAACUAAUUAUGAAUGACUUUCACCGUGACCACUACUACAGCUAUCAAGCAACCUAACAUGCUGGUACUCCUGCUUAAACCAAAGUUAAAAGAUAGACGCAGAUUUUUCUUUUUCUCGGACAAUGCAGCUUCUUUUGAUUUUAAAGAACUGCUGAAUAAAUAAAAGUUAAGAAAUAAGUCAAUGAGCAGCUAGAAAACCUGUGGCCAUCAUUCAUCUGUAUGAUGGGCAAUUGUUCUAUGAGGUCUGUAUCAGAAAUGUAAAGAAUACUUGAUGCACUAUGUGCCAUACAUUUUGUAGAAAUGUAAUCCUGUUUUUUUUGUAAUAACCGUUAAGAUUUGUAACUUAUGAUAUAUAUUAUGUAUUUUUAAUAUUCAUACUUGAAUUGUAAACAGUAUGCUAAGUAUUGAAUGGGCAUUGGUACUGAAUAGAGAAACCGUGUGCUUGUUUGCUAUGCUUUAUCCAAAGAUGUUUUUAAAUCAUGUGUACCUAGAGUAUGUGUGUACCCUGUAUAAAAGAAAUGAAUGAUUGAUUCUGGUGCUAUGCUUACUAAUCAAACCUAUACUGUAUGUCUUGCUACUAUACUAACAUGUUAAAAAAUAAGUAAUAAUAAAAAAAUCACAAGUU